GUUAUUCAAUGAUGUUUAUUUGAGAACUACUUUGUGUCGUACUCGGGAGUUAUUCGGCUGCGGUGUACACAUUGGAUAUUGGAGACUUCCAUUCAUGUUUGAGAGUUCGGUGGAAAUGGAAGGUUACCGUUAUUAGUUCGCGGAAAGUUUAAACAAUGAGGAAUACUUAUGGAUGUGCUCUAUUGCUUGGCUAUGCACACUUUGAGGCAUGAAGUGGGGCACAAUGGCUGUGCAGUCAAUGUCAAGUGUUACCAAGUGUCUUGUCUGGGUCACUGCAUUGUGCCUAGCAACAGUCACCUUGACAACAGAGGGGGCGGGACUUUAUGACCUGCGUUUCACACAGAACGUUUACAAUGUCUCGGUGCCAGAAAAUUCUCACGGGAAAACGUUUGCCAUUCCGGCAUCAAAAAUGGGGAUAUAUAUACCUGAGAACUUACCGGUGACUAUAACAUACCAGCUGCUGGAUACAACUGAAGAUCUCUUUAAAGUUGAAGACCGAUUAGUUGGGGAUUUCUCUUUCCUCCUUAUACGUACACAUUCCGGAAGCUAUGGUAGACUUAAUCGUGAAUUCAAGUCAGAAUAUCACUUUAAAGUGAAAGCAGUGGCGGAAAGUAAUGGAGUUACGUUUGAAACAACCGCAAAUGUAAUAGUUUAUAUAUCUGAUUUAAACGAUCUCCAGCCAUUAUUUGAUCAGACUAGCUAUGAAGUAACUGUGCCUGAAGACACCCAGCUUCAUCAAAGCAUUGCCCAGGUGUCCGCAUAUGACGGAGAUCAAGGGAUCAAUCGAGAAAUUUACUACAGCUUUGUAGAUAAAACAAACAUGUUUGCCAUUCACCCAACCAGUGGGGUCGUCACUUUAACAAGGCCACUUAACUAUUUCCUUAAAAAGGAAUAUACUUUACAAAUCUUAGCACAGGAUCGUGGUCCAAUAUCAACACAGAGUACUCGCAAAAGGCCCGCAACUCUGUUGGUGCAAGUGAGGCCGGUAAAUUAUUUCCCCCCAGACAUAAACGUUAAAAAACUACCAACUGUGAUAGAGCCCAGUCAAGGUGAGGUAGUGCUUGCUAUCGUCAAGGUGCAAGAUCGUGAUAUCGGGGAAAAUGGGAAGGUUAAAACAGUACAACUGGUACAGAGCCCUGCUAAAGAGCUUAUCAGUCUACAGAAAGGGGGCCAGGAAGGCGAAUAUAGGGUCGUUUUGAGGCCAUCGGCGCAGGUUGAGACACCGAAUCCUGGUUUCAACCUGACAGUUCAAGCUAUCGAUAAUGGUGCUCCUGCUUUGGACAGAAAUGAAACAUUUUAUAUCACUGUUUAUGAUUCAAAUGUCAUACCAAAGUUUACAGUGUCAGCUAUAAGUGUUCAUGUGGAAGAAAUAGCACCCAUUAACACGCCAAUUACAUAUGUACAAGCAGAGUCAAACCGAAAAUUUGACAUAAGGUAUGAAAUUGUUGGCGGGAAUACGUUUAAUUUAUUUAAAGUCAAUCACAUAUCAGGCCUAGUGUCUACCUCAGCGAUCUUGGAUGCUGAAAAACUGAGAAAUGUGCAGUUGAAAAUUGUGGUCUAUAACGCUGUGCAAAGGAAUCUCAGAUCCAGUGAUACAUGUAUUGUGAAUAUAACAAUUGUUGACAACAAUGAUAAUUCCCCACAAUUUCAUAUCACAGACAAUGUUUCAGAAAUUUAUAUCCAGGAAAAUUUACCGAUUGGAUCAAGUAUUUUCAAAAUUGGUGUCACAGACCUUGAUCAAAAUGAAAAUGGUAAAAUAAGCUUUUCAAUAAUCAAUGCCAAAAAUGUUCCAUUUGAAAUAGAGCCCUUUACAGGCAUUAUUCGGACAUCCAGCAUUUUGGAUUAUGAAACAAUGCGUCACUCUUACAAGUUGAAUAUUCGAAUAUCAGAUUGGGGGCUACCAUUUUCACGGGAAAAUGAAAUGAUUUUCACUGUAAAUCUCCAGGACACAAACGACAACAAGCCUCAGUUUGAGACAGGUAAUUGCACUGGUGUUAUUCAUAGAAAGACUCCAGUGGGGACAGAAGUGCAGGUAGUUCCUGCAAUAGACUUUGACGUCAAUGACAUUCUGCAGUACCAUAUUGAAGCUGGAAACGAGAACACUUGUUUUGCCAUUAAUAACGGGACAGCUCGUUUGACACUAAAUUGCCCACUGGGAGUUAUCAAAGAGACCAGUCAGCGUUUGCGACUUGUAUCCAAAGAUGGGCUCCAUGACUCUGAUCCUGUUGAUAUUCAGAUUGAUAUCACAGAUGAUCCUGCUGAUCAAAGACUCUCUGGUAAACAUGUGAACAUUGUCUGCCAGCGCACAGAUAUUUAUCAACGACUUCAGAAUCUUGUUGCACUUUCCCACACUAAUAAUGAACCUACAGAUUUUGGUAUUGCAAAAACAACGCUACCAGACGCAGUGAACACUGCGCCAAAAUUUAACAACUCUGUGCCAAAGAAUCUAGAUCUCUCAGAAGGAGUAGCAGUAGAUUCAAUGGUUGCCCGCUUUCAAGCUGUUGAUCAAGAUGCUGGUUAUAAUGGCAAAUUAGUUUACGUCAUACGCAGUGGUGAUGUCGAAGGCUAUUUUAAGAUUGAUAUGUUCACAGGGACUUUGAAGGUUAUGUCCCCAUUGGACAGAGAAUUUAGAGACGAAUAUCGCCUGCUUCUGGAAGUGUCUGAUCUUGGCUCCCCACUAUUGCUUAGCAACAUAUCAGUUGACAUAAAGGUGCUAGAUGAAAAUGACAAUGCCCCGAAAUUCAAUCAAGACUUGUAUACAGUGACAAUUUCCGAAAGCAUUAAUGUGAACUCGACAGUAGCUCAAGUCUCAGCCACUGAUAAAGAUCUUGGUAAAAAUGCAGAAAUUGUGUACACUAUAGUCUCUAAUACAGAUCAUUUCUCAAUCAAUCCGUCAAAUGGAAUUAUUAAAGUUAACAAGCCUCUUGAUCGUGAAAAGUAUCCAGUUUACCAAGUGCUUGUUCGAGCCUCUGACAGAGGGGAGAAGCUGGUGAGUCUCAGCUCCACGGCAACGGUGCUUGUUGAACUGACCGAUGUCAACGAUGUAGUGCCUGAGUUUACACCAAACUCGUAUAGUGUCAGAAUACGAGAGGACCACCCUGUAGGAUCAGUUGUUACCGUGGUUACAGCAGCUGAUACGGACGAGGGAAAAUUUGGCGAAGUGUCAUACCAUCUUGUGUAUGGGGAAGAUUUCUUUGAGAUUGAUUCGGAAACUGGAGUGAUUAGAAUUAUCAAAGGCUUGGAUUACGAAAGUCACCAAGUGCAUAAUAUCAGUGUAAGGGCGCAAGAUGGAGGCAUACCGCCCCUAGUGUCUGUGUGUUUUAUCAACAUCGAAGUCUCGGAUGUAAACGAGAAUUUCCUAGCUCCUGUGUUUGAAUCAUUUUUCGCUAUUGGAUAUGUAAGUGAGAAUGAACCAAUUGGGGUGACUGUGAUGUUUGUUAAAGCGUAUGACCCCGAUGGAGACGGUGUGACAUAUUCCAUCAGAGAUGGAUCGGGGCUUGGAAGGUUUACAAUUGAUUCAAACGGCACGAUUUGCACAAGUCAGGUUCUCGACCGUGAGACGGCUACACACUACUGGCUGACAGUGUAUGCCCAGGACCAUGGACUGGUCCCGCUACACUCAAGACUUGAGGUCUACAUCGAGGUCACUGAUGUCAAUGACCAUAUACCGCUGACUUUUGAACCAGUCUACUACGGGACGGUGGUCGAGAACGCUAACAACGGUUUCGUGACCCAGAUACAGGCGUUCGAUCUUGAUAGGAAUCUGAAUCAGAGUCUGAAGUACACAAUCACACGAUUCGACCCUCUGGAGUUCUUCCAAAUUGAUCCAGAAACUGGUGUGAUCCGCGCCAGUGGCAAGCCUUUUGACAGGGAAACCAGGGCGGUUCAUCAGUUGGAGGUGACUGUUACUGACCAAGGAGAGCCACCUCUAAAGUACGAGACUCGAGUUUUCGUCACGGUUGAGGACAACAAUGACAACAAGCCAACCUUCAACCAGCGUCUCUACCGUCUGCAGGUGCCCGAAACUCUUCACCAUGGCAAUGACAUUGUUGUCUUCCAGAUCCUGGCUUGGGAUGACGACGAGGGACUCAAUGGGGAAAUUGAGUUUGAGAUCCGAAGAGCAAAGGAUGAUUCUGACAUCUUCACCAUUGACUCGGAGUCAGGGGUCAUCUACGCCACUGAUGAUCUUACAUUCGGGGAUGUCCAUCACUUUGUUGUACGAGCCUCAGACAAGAGUCCCAGUGAGCCCAAACGCUCCACUGUGAAGGUGCGUAUUGAGGUAGUGGAGCGACUGAAGAAGUCUCCAAACCCGCCCAAGUUUUUAGUGCCGUAUCUCAUGAAGCGUGUGAUGGAGAACGACCGGGUAGGCCAUCUAAUUGACCUGAUACAGGCCCAGGAUCUGGACCGGGACGAGCUCUUCUAUUCCAUUGUUGAUGGAGACCCUGACCAUCAGUUCUACAUCGGUAAGACCGAAGGAAUUCUCAUGGUGGCUCGGCCCCUGGACUGGGAGAAUAAGAAAGCAUACAACCUUACCCUGCAGGUCACAGAUGGAGUGCACAACGACAACUGUACGGUACACAUUGAGGUUUUAGAUAUGAACGACAACACGCCCCAGUUCUCCGCGCUGCACUACGAGGGCAGCUUUCCAGAGAGCACUGAGGUCGGCGCAACCUUGCUCAAGGUCGUUGCCACGGACGCAGACAACAACAGGCUAAUCUACUCCCUGCCUGAGUGCUGCAACUCCAAAACCAGUCUGCAGCUGUUUGCUGUUGGGGCUGAAACUGGUGCAGUAGUUGUUCGUAACCCGCUCGACCGAGAGGUUGCAAUGCAGCACAAUCUCACAGUGAUGGUCAAUGAUCAAGGCAUGAACCCAAACCAGAACUUCACACGCGUCACCAUCAACGUGGUCGACCAUAACGACCAUGCACCACAGUUCCUCACAGGGCUUUUCAGAGGUCGCGUGUUUGAGACAGCGGCCAUUGGUACCUCGGUUAUACAGGUCCUGGCCAUCGACCAAGACAAGGGACAUAACGCUGAAGUCACGUAUUCAAUUGUCUCUGGUAAUGUUGGUGGAACUUUUGACAUUGACCCACUUUUGGGGACAGUCACCGUUGCUAAGGAACUUAAAAAUAUGGAGAAGUCAGAGUUCACCUUGGUUGUCAUGGCAACUGACCAGGGUGACACACCACUAAGUACUACAGCAACAGUUUCUAUCAUGGUCACCAUGUCUGAUAAUGCCCCACCGAGGUUUGAUAAACAAGAAUACAUGACAGAGUUGCUGGAGAAUCAGCCAGUGUUCACAAACGUUUUCACGAUGAUGGCAGAUUGUCGAUCAAGCGUCAUCUACACAAUUAUAGCUGGCAAUGAAAAAGGUGUUUUUGCAAUAAAUCCCAAUUCAGGUGUCGUAUUUACAAAGAAAAUAGUUGAUUAUGAAAUGGAUCGUGGAUUUAAUUUGACAAUCAGAGGUACAAGUGUCAUCCAUUCUUAUGCCGUAGCUUACCUCUUUGUGCAUAUAAUUGAUGCAAAUGACAAUGCCCCAGAAUUUGUACAUACGGAAUAUGUUGGUAAUAUAACAGAGGGUGCUAAAGUUGGCAGCGUAGUUCUUGAUGGAAAGGCUGAACCAUUGGUUGUAAAAGCGAAAGACAAAGAUUCAAGCCUUAAUGCAAUUUUAAUGUAUGAAAUCAGAGACGACUUUGCCAAGAAGUUCAUCACUAUCGAUCCUAACACUGGUGCCUUAAGGACAGCUGCAGAGAUUGAUCAUGAAGUAAUCAGUAAAAUAGAAAUGACAGUGGAAGUAUGGGACAUGGGUAAACCCCAGCUACGAUCACGCUCCCCUGCCAAGGUCACUGUUUAUAUAAAUGAUGUCAAUGAUACACCCCCACAGUUCAGUGCUCAGUCCUACAAAGCAGAGGUUCUGUUACCAACGUACAAAGAUGUUAUUGUCACACAAGCUGUAGCAACAGAUGAAGACACAGGGAUCAAUUUGAAGUUGCAGUACUCCAUUGUGAAGGGAAACUCGGAGAAACACUUCAGGAUCAGUAAAUUCUCUGGAGCAGUGUACAUCGACAAUGAGGUAGAUAUUGGCGACGCCUACACUUUAACCAUUGAAGUUUAUGACGGGGUAUUUCGAUCACGAGCGUUAUUGAACGUCAGUAUAACAAAACCUGUCCAGCGCCCAUUCCACUUUACACAAGAAGUCUACGUAGCCAGUGUUCAUGAGAACAGCCCCUUGGAGGAAACCUUGACGGUGGUGCAGGUUGCAGAUAGAGCUCUGAACCAACAGUACACUUUCAGUCUGCUCAACGGUCAGGGGAAGUUUGAGAUGGGCAGGACUUCUGGCGUGCUUACAACAACCGGGGUCUCAUUUGAUAGAGAGGAGAUCAAUAUGUAUAAUCUUGUUGUUGAGGUGAGACGGGAAAGUACAAGCGGUACGGAGCGUGCACACAUGGUCAUCAUGGUAACAGUGGAAGAUGAGAACGACAACAACCCCAUGUUCACCAACCAGCCAUACCACGCUGUGUUAGUACAUACCUCCCCCCUUGGGCAUGUCAUCAAACAGGUUACGGCCAUUGAUCACGAUGCCAACAAGUUUGGCCGUGUCACGUUCAGCUGGAAAGGUCAAGGUGACAUUGACAGCCGGUUUGCCAUCGAUCCUGACUCAGGGAAGAUAACUCUGUUCAAGCCUUUGAGGGAGACUGAUGUUGGGCAGAGAAUAACACUGGCAGUCACAGCACGAGAUGGAGGGUUGCCAGCCAGGACUGCGGAGACAUCUGUGCAGGUGUCCAUUAUCAGUGACAUCUUUCCUGUGUUUGAGCACACAGUCUACCGUGCCUCCAUUCCGGAGUACUUCCCAAUCGGAUCCUCUGUAGCGAGUCCUUUCUGCCAACAGUCCGAGUGGUCAGAAGCUCAUUUUACACGAUCAGUGAUGGUGAUACUUAUGGAGAUUUCAACGUUGAUUAUAAUAUCGCCAUCAUCUUCAGCUGGGGACCAUAGUUAUGGAUAA